AUGGGCUCAAAGAGAAGACUUUCAGAGAAAACUGAACACUACGAUCCGGUCGAGACAUCGGUUCCAGAACUGGCUGCCGAAGCAGCCGAAGAAAGAACCAGAAAACAUCCAGUACCACCGGAAGAGCCACUUACACACCACGAUGCAGGUGAGUUCAAUGGGAUGAUUCGUCAUCAGACGACUGCGGAGCAAGCUGCUAGGUUGGAGGACAGUAAAGUAAAUCCUUUCACUGGUGGUGAUUUUACACCAAAAUACUUUGAUAUUCUUAAGAUUAGACGUGAAUUACCAGUACAUGCUCAACGUGCAGAAUUUUUGAAGAUUUACCAGAACAAUCAAAUCAUGGUGUUUGUUGGUGAGACUGGUUCUGGUAAGACCACUCAAAUUCCACAAUUUGUGCUUUUCGAUGAGAUGCCACAUUUACAAAAUACUCAAAUAGCCUGUACACAACCACGUCGUGUGGCCGCAAUGUCGGUGGCACAAAGAGUGGCAGAGGAAAUGGAUGUCAAACUAGGUGAAGAAGUUGGUUAUUCCAUCAGAUUUGAGAACAAGACCUCAAACAAAACUAUCUUAAAGUAUAUGACCGAUGGUAUGCUUUUGAGAGAAGCUAUGGAAGACCACGAGCUAAAACGUUACUCCUGUAUUAUUUUAGAUGAAGCGCACGAACGUACUUUGGCUACUGACAUCUUGAUGGGUUUAUUGAAGCAAGUGGUAGUGAGAAGACCUGAUUUGAAAAUUAUUGUUAUGUCUGCUACUUUAGAUGCAGAGAAAUUCCAAAAGUAUUUCCUAGAUGCACCAUUGCUUGCAGUUCCAGGUAGAACUUUCCCUGUCGAAAUUUAUUACACACCAGAGUUCCAGAGGGACUACUUAGACUCGGCUAUUCGUACCGUUCUACAAAUUCACGCCACGGAGGAAGCUGGUGACAUUCUUCUGUUCUUGACAGGUGAGGAUGAAAUCGAGGAUGCCGUGAGGAAGAUCUCACUUGAGGGCGAUCAAUUGGUUAGAGAUGAAGGUUGUGGGCCCUUAUCAGUGUACCCAUUGUACGGUUCUUUACCACCACAUUUGCAACAACGUAUCUUUGAACCCGCUCCGGAGUCUCAUAACGGUAGGCCAGGUAGAAAAGUUGUGAUUUCCACCAACAUUGCUGAAACCUCACUUACGAUUGAUGGUGUGGUUUAUGUUGUUGAUCCCGGUUUCUCCAAGCAAAAAGUUUACAACCCAAGAAUUAGAGUGGAGUCUUUGUUAGUCUCACCCAUUUCAAAGGCAUCCGCCCAACAAAGAGCAGGUCGUGCUGGUCGUACUAGACCAGGUAAAUGUUUCAGACUAUACACUGAAGAAGCGUUCAAGAAAGAACUGAUCGAACAAAGUUAUCCAGAAAUUCUACGUUCCAACUUGUCGUCAACCGUUCUCGAAUUGAAAAAAUUGGGAAUCGAUGACUUGGUUCAUUUCGAUUUUAUGGAUCCACCUGCACCUGAAACCAUGAUGAGAGCUUUAGAAGAAUUGAACUAUCUAGCUUGUCUAGAUGACGAUGGUAACUUGACCGCUCUCGGUAGACUGACUUCUCAAUUCCCAUUGGAUCCAAUGUUGGCCGUCAUGUUAAUUGGCUCAUACGAGUUCAACUGUUCAGAAGAAAUCUUGACCAUUGUGGCGAUGCUUUCCGUACCUAACGUCUUCAUUCGUCCCUCAAAAGAUAAGAAGAGAGCAGAUGAUGCCAAGAACUAUUUUGCGCAUCCCGAUGGUGAUCACAUAACUUUACUGAACGUUUAUCACGGAUUCAAAUCCGACGAAGCAUACGAGUACGGUAUCCACAAGUGGUGUCGCGACCAUUUCCUCAAUUACAGAUCUUUAUCUGCUGCAGAUAACAUCCGUUCGCAACUGGAGAGAUUGAUGGUUCGUCACAACCUGGAGCUGAAUACUACCGACUUCGACAGCCCAAAAUAUCACGACAAUAUCAGAAGAGCACUAGCGUCAGGUUUCUUCAUGCAAGUCGCCAAGAAGAGAUCCGGCGGGAAAGGUUAUAUCACGGUCAAGGACAACCAGGACGUUCUUAUCCAUCCAAGCACAGUCUUGGGUCACGAUGCCGAAUGGGUCAUAUACAAUGAGUUCGUGCUCACAACAAAGAACUACAUAAGGACAGUCACAUCCAUAAGGCCAGAAUGGCUGAUAGAGCUAGCUCCAGCUUACUAUGAUCUGGAUAAUUUUCAAAAAGGUGAUGUGAAAUUGUCUUUAGAGAGAAUUCAAGAGAGAGUUCACACAAUGAGACAGCUCAAGAGCGACAAGAACUCCGAUAAGCACAAGAAGAAGAGUAAGAAGGAUAAGCAUAAGAUUAAAUAG